AUGGCCCCCUCGCUCCACCCAGCAGUUGACUCCGGCAUCAAGAAGGGCGACGCCAACAAAGCCGGCGGCAAGCUGUACUGCCACUGCGCGUCCAACAAGGUCGAGGUCACGCUCGGCUCCAACGUCGCCCACAACCACGCCUGCGGCUGCUCCAAGUGCUGGAAGCCGCGCGGCGCGCUGUUCGCCCUGAUCGGCGUGCUCCCCGCCGACAAGGUCAGCGUCACCGCCAACGCCCACAAACUCCACAUCAUCGACCCCAGCGCCGCGAUCCAGCGCAACGCCUGCAAGGAAUGCGGUGUGCACCUGUUCGGCCGCAUCGUGGCCGACCACCCCUUCAAGGGCCUCGACUUUGUGCACACGGAGCUCAGCGACUCGGCUGGGUGGCAGGAGCCGCAGUUCGCGGCGUUCGUGUCGAGUAUCAUCGAGCAAGGGUUUGAUCCUGCGGGGAUGGACGAGGUGCGUGCGAAGUUCGCGAAGGAGGGGCUGGUGUCGUAUGAUGUGCUGAGUCCGGCGUUGAUGGAUCUUAUCGCGACGUUUACUGCGAAGCAGAGCGGGAAGCUGUCGUCGAAGUUGUAG